AUGCAUUUAAUUUUAAACUUUUACUGUCAACAAUCCUUCGUUUGAUACAUUAUUAUCAAUUUGCAAAUUUAGUUUAAAAUUUAUCCCUUCUUAAUUUGGAAACCUUGAUCUAAAAUGUUAUUGUUAGAAGCUUUGGAUGAAAUAAUCAAAGUUCACCAAACGCCGGCAAAGCCAUUCAUAUCGGAGUGUUGCCUGCCAGUGCGACACGCGCGGACGCAGACCACGCACGCGCCAAAACUAACCUCUAAAAGUUGACUCGGCGCGCUUUUUGAAUUGUUUUUUUUUUCUAGUGAUUUGUGUUGCCAGUAAUUAUUUGUUGAGAUGGCUAUAACGUGCGACUGUCCGAUGUCGCAGCCGGGGCCGACGCUAGCUGCAGCAUGUGGGGGCGGCGCGUUUAUGCUCUUCAUGGGCUUACUGGAAGUAUUCCUCAGGAGUCAAUGCGAUUUAGAAGAUCCUUGUGGUAGGGCGCAGUACCGUCGUCAUAUGGACUCUGUGUACGACUUCAUAGUGGUAGGCGGAGGGUCCUCUGGCUCUGUGGUAGCUGCCAGGCUGUCAGAAGUGCCGCAUUGGAGGGUACUGCUGUUAGAAGCCGGUUUUGACGAGCCUACGGGCAGCCAAGUACCUUCAAUGUUCCUGAAUUUCAUCGGGUCCAGUAUCGACUGGGGAUACCGCACGGAGCCCGAGCCAGCCGCUUGCCUCGGCGAGGACGAGCGCCGCUGCUACUGGCCUAGAGGAAAGGUGUUAGGUGGCACAUCAGCUAUGAACGGCAUGAUGUACAUCCGCGGCUCCCGCAAGGACUACGACAGUUGGGCGGCGGCCGGCAUCGAGGGCUGGUCCUAUGACGACGUGUUACCGUACUUCAUCAAGUCGGAGGACAAUAAGCAGGCUGCGGAGAUGGACCCUGGCUACCACGGCACUGGCGGACCCCUCACCGUCUCACAGUUCCCUUACCAUCCGCCGCUCAGCUACAGCAUUGUUAAAGCUGGUGAAGAAUUAGGUUAUAAAUCGCGCGAUUUAAACGGGGAACAUCACACGGGGUUCGCGAUCGCUCAAACGACCAAUAGGAACGGGUCCCGGCUGAGCGCCGCGCGCGCCUUCCUGCGGCCCGCGCUGCGCCGCCGCAACCUGCACGUCAUGCUCAACGCCACCGUCACCAAAGUGCUCAUCAACCAGAAGACGCGGCAAGCGUACGCCGUCCAACUUAGGAACAGCUACGGCACUAUGGAGACUAUAUUCGCUAACAAUGAAAUUAUUUUAAGUGCUGGCGCGGUGGCCUCCCCCCAGCUGCUGCAGCUGAGCGGCGUGGGCGACCCCGCCGUGCUGCGGCGCGCGGGGGUGGGGGUGGUGCACCCCCUGCCCGCGGUGGGCCGCAACCUGCACAACCACGUCACACACUUCCUCAGCUUCAUCCUCAAGGAUAACAACACCGCGCCACUCAACUGGGCCACGGCUAUGGAAUAUCUCCUAUUCAGGGAUGGUCUUAUGUCUGGAACUGGUAUAUCAGAGGUGACAGCGUUCAUCAACACGAAGUACGCGGACCCCGCAGGAGACAACCCUGACAUCCAGCUGUUCUUCGGCGGCUUCCUCGCGGACUGCGCCAAGACCGGCAUGGUGGGGGAGAGCCUCGGCGGCGGCUCCCGCACCAUACAGGUGUUCCCCGCGGUGCUGCGCCCCAAGAGCAGGGGGCGGCUGGAGAUAGCCAGCAGCGACCCCUUCGCAUAUCCCAAAAUUUAUGCCAACUACCUAACCCAUCCAGAUGACGUGAAAACAUUAAUCGAAGGCAUAAAAUUCGUGAUCAAGCUAUCAGAGACCAAAGCGUUAAAGAAAUACGGUUUAAAAUUAAACAAGACGCCAGUAAAAGGCUGUGAGAAGUUCAAGUUCGGUUGCGACGCGUACUGGGAGUGCGCGGUCAGGAUGCAGACCGGGCCGGAGAACCACCAGGCCGGCUCCUGCAGGAUGGGACCUCGGGGAGACCCUGACGCGGUCCUAGAUCCUCUACUACAGGUGCAGGGUGUGGACAGACUGCGCGUGGCGGACGCGAGCGCGCUGCCCGCCGCGCCCUCCGGCAACACCAACGCGGCCUGCCUCAUGCUCGGGGAGCGCGCCGCCGACUUCAUCAAGCAGCGCUGGCUCUCACAAGCUUACCCGACUGGCGACGUGUCAAACGUGUUGACAGCCAGCGAGAGUAGACACGCCGCGCGGCCCUGGGCGCCCUGGGCGACCUUACAAUGACAUUAUGCCACAACAUACAAAUAAAUUACUAUAUUUGACAGUUAGUUUGUAAAUAUUUUAGUUGAAAACUAUUUAAUUUCACUCACAAACUUUAAAUUCUACCACAUUUUGAAAUGAUAAGUUUUUUCAUAUAUUUUGUGUAAUUUAUUUAGAAGCUAAUUUUUAAAUUUACCUAUAAUUUAUUAAAUUAUUUUUAUAUCCAAGCUGCUAUAUUAAGGUUUUUUAGGUUAGAUUUUUUAUGAUGUAUGUAUACUAGGAAAUCAUCAUCUCCCCGGCCUAAUUCUACUCCCGUAGGGUUGGCGCACCGGGUUUUCGUCCUCCAA